AUGUCUCAGGAGAAUGACACGUGGAAGAAAGAGGCGCUGGGGAAUGAGCUCGCCGCCAUGAGGCUGCAGAAGCUGGAACAGCAGCGGCGGCUCUUUGAGAAGAAGCAGCGGCGGAAGCGCCAAGAGCCCCUCAUGGUUCAGGCCAAUCCCGACGCUUCCCUGCGGCCCCGGCGACCAUGGAGGCGGGAGGAGCGCCUCGCGGGUGACAGGGGCCUUGGGAACCCUUUCCUCCAGGAGUACAUGCCAGAGGCACAUCUGCACUCUGGUGCCCACAGUGCCCUGGGCAUCGUGAGCUGCGGUGGAGACGGCAGCGGUGAGCGUGGCCCACUGGCAUCGCCGACAGAAGGAGACAGUUCCGAUCCGGAGUUGGAGGAAGUCUCCGUGGAGGAUGUUCCUGCUUCUCCACCUCCUUAUAAAGAGCCUCCGGGGACUCGACGCAGGGGUUGGCCAGCCCGCCAACGACCUGGGGCCAGUGCGGAGGAAGAGAGUGAAUCCCAAGAGGUUGGAGAUGAAUAUGAGGCAGCCAGUCCAGAACCAAACCCUGGCAUGGAUGGUGACCUGGGACGUGGAGACUUAGCCUCCAACAAGGGCGAAGACUUGGCAGAGAAGAAGGAGGAGUCGGAGUCUACGGUGAGGAACUCCCCACCGGCAGCCGAAGAGGAGGUGUCCGAGACCCCGGAAGGCGAGGUCGGCGCGGGCAGCAGCGAUGUGGGGAGCUCACCCCGCUCGCCUCCCCUCGCGCCAGGCCCUCGGCUGGGAGAGGACAUGGAAGCUUAUGUGCUGCGGCCGGCGCUGCGCGGCCGCACGGUGCAGUGCCGCAUCAGCCGCGACAAGCGCGGCGUAGACAAGGGCAUGUUCCCCCUCUACAGUCUCUACCUGGAGGCGGCCGACGGCCGGGAGCACUUCCUCCUGGCUGGGCGCAAGAGAAAAAGGAGCACAACCUCGAAUUACCUCAUUUCCCUGGACCCCAAAGACCUGUCUCGGGAUGGGGACAACUUUGUGGGCAAAGUCAGAUCUAAUGUCUUGGGCACCAAGUUCACCAUCUUUGACAAUGGGGUGAAUCCUGAAAGGAAGAAUUUCGUCCCGGAGACCGCUCGCAUCAGAGAGGAGCUGGGGGCUGUGUGUUAUGAGACCAACGUCUUGGGAUUCGGAGGGCCCCGGAAAAUGACUGUGAUCAUUCCAGGAUUCGAUUCCCAGAACCGGAGAAUCAGCGUCCAGCCUCAAAACGAACGGGAGUCGCUACUGAGUCGCCUCCGACGGGGGGCCAGCCAGGGCCUGGUCCUGCUGCAAAACAAACCCCCGUCGUGGAGCGACGAGAGCGGCGCCUACGUACUCGAUUUUCAUGGUCGAGUCACUCGGGCCUCGGUCAAGAACUUCCAAAUCGUGCAUCCGGAUGACCCGGACUACCUGGUGCUCCAGUUCGGCCGCGUGGCCGCAGACACGUUCGCCAUGGAUUUCCGCUUCCCGCUUUGCCCGCUCCAAGCCUUUGCCGUCUGCUUGUCCAGUUUCGGUGGCAAGCUGGCCUGUGAGUAAUCCAAUGAAAUACCAUGCCCUCACCAGCUUCUGUGCCUGCUCAUUUGGAGAAAGGGCCCCCGCAUGCCUUCUUUUGCUCCACCUUACUCAUAACCAACCCAUCAUACUCUGCCUGGGUGCCCACAGUCCUGCGCUCCAGGGGAGUA